AUGGCCACAUCCUUCAGGAAACUGUCUGACCCAGAAGUCCGUUCGGUAAUUGCGAGGGCCCCUCCAUCACACACUUUUCAUCGCUCGCCCGCGGCUUGGGAAGACCAGAUCCUCUACUUUCUGCUGCCAGACCGCUUCUCGGAUAACGCUGAGAAGGGAUACAAAGACAUCGGAGGUAGACCUGUCACUGGCGGAACAACCGCCAAAUAUGGCCCCCAAGACAGUGCAAACGCAAUUGGCAUGGAUGACGAGGCGGCACAGUGGAGCUCUUCUGGAACGGUCUUUGUCGGAGGAAAGCUUAAAGGUCUGAAGAGCAAGCUUGGGUAUCUCAAGCGUCUCGGCGUCACUGCUCUCUGGAUCGGUCCCAUCUUCAAAAAUGUUUCAACACUGCAGACUUACCAUGGCUAUGGGGUGCAUCAUUUCCUGGACAUAGACCCCCGAUUUGGGACGCGAGAGGACUUGAAAGACCUCGUUGCUGCUGCACACAAACAGGAUAUCUAUGUCUUGCUUGACAUCAUCCUCAACCAUAGCGGUAAUGUCUUUGAAUACAAGGCGGACAACCCGCACUACACAGGAGAUACGUACGAUGUCAAGGGCUUCUAUGACGAAAACAGAGCGGCAAAGAUACCACUGGCCAAAGUCGACGAGGAGAAAUACCCAAGUGCUUUCCCUGACGCUGCAAUCUGGCCUGCUGAGUUGCAGACUGCAGACUGCUUCACGAGAAAAGGCCAGAUCAAUGACGACGGCUGGGACCGGAUUCCCGAGUAUCUUGACGGUGACUUCUAUGACCUCAAGGAUAUCGCGUUGGGAGAUUCGAGCCCAGAUAACUUCUACGCAACACCCGCUCUGAAAGCUCUAUGUCAAUGCUAUCAGUACUGGGUCGCUUACAGCGACAUCGACGGUUAUCGGAUCGACACGGUGAAGCAUAUGGGAGAUGGCCCAACCAGGUAUUUUGCAAGUGUCAUUCACGAAUACGCACAGCGUCUAGGCAAGGAGAAGUUCCUUCUCAUCGGCGAAAUCACGGGCUCAAGAGCCCUUGAAACCGUCGAAGCCACGGGCAUAGAUGCCGCUCUCGGAAUUGGAGAUGUCCAAGAAAAGCUCUGGAGAGUCCCCAAGGGGCAGGCAAAUCCGAUCGAAUACUUUGACCUAUUCCGCAAUGCUCUCUACCUCAAUAAGGGCAGUCACACUUGGUUCCGUGACAAAGUGGUCACUAUGAUUGAUGACCACGACCAGGUCUGGCGAGGGAGUUAUAAGGGCCGUUUCUGCUCCGAAGGCAACGGGACCCAGGUCGUCAUAGGUGCAGUGGCUCUUAACCUGUUCACAUUGGGGAUACCCUGCAUCUAUUAUGGUACCGAACAAGCCUUCGAUGGCCAAGGCGGAAGCGAUCGAUAUAUCCGAGAAGCCAUGUUUGGCGGAGUAUUUGGCGCAUUCCGCAGCAAAGACCGCCAUUUCUUCGACGAGGAAAAUCAUGUCUGGGAGGCUAUCUCCGGCCUGGCAGAGAUACGGGGAAAGGAGAUGGCCUUGCGCAGAGGGAGACAAUAUCUCCGUGAUAUUUCAGGUGAUGGCGUCCACUUCGGUUUGCCGGGCAACAUUGGUCAAUCGCCCAUGCGCUCUGUCAUUGCGUGGUCAAGACUCUUCGCGGGCGAAGAAGUGCUAUGCGCAAUCACCACGGAUCCGAGCAAAGCAUUGUCCGUCUGGGUCACGGUUGACAGUGAGGUGCAUGGUCCGGGGAGCACGAUGUCGUUGGUACACUCGACCAGCACUGACAAGGUGCCAGAAUCAUUAAUUGUUGAGGGCAGGAAUGGGAGGUCGGUCGUGCAGAUCACGGUCCCAUCUGGGGGAGUGGUCGUCUACAAAUGA